AGAAAACAAAAAGAGAAAAGAAAUGGCGGGGGGUCGUCGUCUCCACCGAUCCCCUCCUCCACCACCACGACGCCAUUACCACUCUCAUCACUAGGGUUUCGCAUCUCCUGGACCCCACAUAAGCCCCCCCUUCCCGAUGCCCUGGUGGAAGCGCUCCGCCCACGCCCACCACCACCGCCACCACUCCUCCUCCGCCUCCGCCUCCACGCCCGCCUCCCCGGCCCGCGCCUCCACCUCCCGCAUCCCGCGCCGCGAUGGCGCCGACCUCGCCGGGGGCACCCCCGACCUCCACCAGCCCCGCCUCACCCGGGCGCCGCGCCUGCGCCACGUCGACGACAUCGAGGUCGGGGCCUCCGGGCUCCGCAUGGACGACUCGCCCACCUCCGCGCCCUCCUCCUCGUACCCCGCCAGGAGGGACGCGCUCUGGUCCGGGCUCGCUACUGCGAGCUCCACGCCCAUCUCGCGGUUGCCGAGUAACAUGGACGUGGCGCCCGCGAGGUCCGCCUCCACGCCCCUGAUGCCCCGCCCGCUGCCGCUGCCCCACGGGGAGGACCCGAUGUGCCGAGGCCCCGGGAGGCCGCUGCCCUCCCCGAGGAUGCUCGACGGGGACUGCAACGGCUCGAGUGAUUUCCUCGGGCUUGCGGAGGCAGGAGCAGAGAGGGCGGCAACGUUUCCAAGAUUUAUGUCCCAAACUGUUCAAAAGAUCCCAGAGCACAAUGGCUUAAGGUCAGAUGGCACAAAUGGGGUCACCUUUGGUCAACAGAGAAAGGGAUUUAAAGAUAAAUUCAAGGGUAGCUCAGCUGAAACUUUGAACUUUAGGUUGAAUAUUCCUGCUAAAAGUGCUCCCAGCAGUGGGUUUUCAAGCCCUGUUCAGAGUCCUCGAAGAUUAAGUAAUGCAGACUUCUCAUCUUCUGGAAUCUCCAUUCAGGGCAGCAAUGCAUUGUCAGCACAAUCAGCAUGGUCUCCAGAUCUAUUGGGAUCUUCAUCCCCUUCUACCUCACCUGAAAAUUUUGUGGGUGGGCAGGAGCGAUCUCCUCGCUCCAGUCCAUUGAGAAGUCCUGCUCUUAGAUCAAGAUACCCAAGUGCACCUCCAUCACCAAUGCAUCAAAACUUGUUCCCAGAGAACCACGUUUCUCGCCCCGAGGGCAAUGUGACUGUCAAUUUUCACCCAUUACCUCUCCCUCCUGUUUCUCUGAGCCCAAAGCAAACAAAUUUUAGCCACCAGUCAUUGCCAAAAGUUGAGACACCCUCGAUGGCUGGUCAGUGGCAAAAAAGGAAGCUCAUCGGCAGUGGCACAUAUGGAUGUGUAUAUGAAGCUACCAAUAGGCACACAGGAGCUCUUUGUGCCAUGAAAGAGGUUAACAUAAUUCCUGAUGAUGCAAAAUCAGUCGAGUCUCUGAAGCAAUUGGAACAGGAAAUUAAAUUUCUUAGCCAAUUUAAGCAUGAAAACAUCGUGCAGUAUUACGGCAGUGAAACUACUGAAGAUAGAUUCUACAUAUACCUGGAGUAUGUUCAUCCGGGUUCAAUUAAUAAGUACAUUAGCCAACAUUGUGGUGCAAUGACUGAAUCAGUUGUCCGCAACUUCACUCGGCAUAUUCUUAAGGGUCUUGCUUUCCUACAUAGCCAAAAAAUUAUGCAUAGGGAUAUCAAAGGAGCAAAUUUGCUUGUUGAUGUCAAUGGUGUAGUGAAACUGGCUGACUUUGGAAUGGCUAAGCAUUUGAGUACUGCGGCUCCAAAUCUUUCGCUGAAGGGAACACCAUACUGGAUGGCACCUGAGGUUGUCCAGGCUACACUUGUAAAAGACGUAGGUUAUGAUCUUGCCGUUGAUAUCUGGAGCCUUGGCUGCACAAUCAUCGAGAUGUUCACAGGCAAGCCUCCUUGGAGUGGUCUUGAAGGGCCUGCUGCAAUGUUUAAGGUGUUGAAUAAAGACCCGCCGAUUCCAGAUAAUUUAUCAUCAGAAGGGAAGGAUUUUCUGAGAGGCUGCUUCAAGAGAAACCCAGCUGAGAGACCUCCAGCAACCAAGCUGCUUGAACACCCAUUCAUCCAAAAUUCAAAUCACUUCAGCCAGAACACCUCUGCACAUUCACAUGCAGGAUCCCCCGAUGCUGGACACUUGGUGAGAGAAAAGAAGUCCUGGAAGACCGACACUUGCCUGAGAGGGAAACAGACAAACACAAUUGGUGAAACAAGCAGCUCUAGAAGUCCAGGGUCAUUGGGUCAUCGUUUGAUGGCCCCAACCAGCUUGGAAACUCAUAGCUUGUCCCCUCCGCCAUUGAGUUAUAAGUCGAGUCCUGGCUCUGCAGCUCAUAAUACACCAAACGGUAUGCAUUUUUCAGUUGCAUGUCCUCAGCCUAGUCCAUUGCCGAAGCCUAACGGAAAGGAAACAUUGAAUAUGUUUUCGUAUUGAAGAUGGAGUGCCAUCUAGGUGGGCAAGCACUUGUAAAGUACUGUUGUUGUAAAGGACAUCCCGAUGGUAUGACCACAACGGGAUAUGAGGGAGCUGUGUGGAGCCUGUAAUGUUUAUUUUCGACGGGAAAUGUGGUGUACCCUUUGUAGCAUAUUGUUUAGGAUUAGCUGUAGGUAAAGCUGAUGGUCCUAAUUGUUGCCAACGCGUAGGACAUUAGGGUUGUAAUUGUAGCUUGUGUGGUGUUACAUGUUGUAAACAUACCUCGAUGUAAUCAUUGUUGAUGGUUUUUUGGGGGCUCAGGUAACAAUAAACGUGAAUUGGCAACACAAAGAUCGUGUGAUAUUGAGGGCCAAGAUGUACACAAUGGGUGCUCUGUGAAUUGAAAUGUAUAAUCUUUUCUGGUGGUAGUAA